UCUGUGAUUUUGGGCUGCAAGGCGCUUUGGAGAUCCAAUUGCUCCGUACACCCAUAAUGUUGUCACCCUCUGGUACCGCGCUCCCGAGCUACUCCUUGGAUCCACCGAAUAUUCCACGGAGCUUGACAUGUGGGCGGUUGGUUGCGUUCUGGCUGAAAUUCUCCUUAAGAGGCCUCUUUUCACCGGAUCGUCGGAGAUCGAGCAACUCUCGGAGGUGUUUAAAGUCCUUGGUGUGGCCACGGAAGAAAGGUGGCCUGGCUACUCGAACUUACCUUUCGUCAGCAGUUUUUCAUGGAAAACCCAGGAGCGUAACAGGCUACGGGACAAGUUUCCAGGAGUUGGCUUUGGCGUUACCACAACGACACCCCUCACUAACAUGGGCUAUGAUCUUCUAAACGGACUUUUCGCGCUUGACCCCAAACAGCGCAUUUCCGCCAACAGGGCCGCAGAGCACGCUUAUUUCGCGGAAAGUCCCGCGCCCACAUCACGGCAGCGAAUGCCAAAGUUCCCUUCGCGCGAUUAGUAGACUAGGAUGCUAAAAACAUGGGCAGG